AGCCGCAGUGUAGCCUGUCUGUUUGCUAUCGACUGUAAAUAUUUGUAAAUAAGUUAGCUGACUAGCUAAUUAGCCAUGUAACUAACUAGUGAGCUAGAUAUAACAUAAACGGUUGCCAUUGUGUUUUUGUUCAUUGUCGUGUCGCGUUUGAGGAUCGACGAAAUAAUGGCUGCAACAGUAACCCUGGAACUGGACCCGAUCUUUCUGAAAGGUCUGGGAUACCUGCAUUCCAAAAGCAAAGAUUCGGCCGAAAAACUGAAAGCUCUGCUGGACGAGUCAUUGGCAAGAGGGAGUGACCCGGUCUACCGGCCCUCACACAAGGAAACGGAAGUUGCCAAGGUGUCUGUCACAAAAGUGAGCUUGAGCAAGCAGGACCCAAAAUCUGCCUCUAUUUCUUCCUCAUCGGGCAGCAGUACUAGCAAGUCCAGCAGCUUUGAGAAGAGCAAGAAAGAGAGUGAAAAAAGGCCUUCAGAAAAGGUUAAAGUAGAUCCCGGCGAUGGAGUGGACCCACCAAAGAAGCCUCGUCUGGAGAAGCAGGAGAGUCGAUCCUCUCCAGUCACGGUUCAGACCAGCAAGGACCUCGGGCUGCCUUACCUGGCCAGCUUCGAUGAGACUAGCGCGGACGACUUUGCCAUGGAGAUGGGUCUGGCCUGUGUGAUGUGCCGGCAGAUGACCGUCACCUCAGGGAACCAGCUGGUGGAGUGUCAGGAGUGUCACAACCUGUACCACCAGGACUGUCACAAGCCACAGGUGACAGACAAGGAGGUCAAUGACCCGCGGCUGGUGUGGUACUGCGCCCGCUGCACCAGGCAAAUGAAGCGCAUGGCGCAGAAGACGCAGAAGCCUGCGCAGAAAGCAGCCCCUGCAGCGGUGUCUGCGGUGCCUGUGGUGAAGGACACGCUGGUGAAAAAGCCGGAGGUCAAGCCCAAGCCAGACACGGCCAGCACCUUCCAGGCCUUCAAGAGGGCAGAGGUCAAGUCGUCCGCGACAGUGGCGUCGAGCCCCUCCGGCGGCGGCAGCAACAGCAGCUCGAGCGGGCUGACGGGGUGGGCCGCCUUCGGUGCGAAGACCGCCACCGCCAGCGCCAAACUGGGCUCCUCCACACCGGGCAGCGGGGGAAAAAGCGGCACGCCCGCUUCCGGGGUGAAGCCACCGGGACUGACGGCGCUGGCCGGCGCCAAGCCGGGGCUGGGCGCCAAGAUGGCGGGGGUUGGCGGCAAUGGCAACACCAGCUCCACCCCACCUCUGCUGAAGCCCCCGCCGCCCCUGACUUUAGGGAAACCCGGGGUGAUCCGCUCCAACAGCAAUGAAGGUGUUAGCAAGGCGGGCGUGGCCAGCUCCAGCAGCAGCAGCAGCAGCACCUCGGCCGGCAGUGGUCAGUCAGGAGGCAGUGGUGGGAAUGGCGGGUCUGGAGGGAGCGGGAAUGGAGGCGGCAGCAGCAACAACGGAGCUAAAGGCAGCGCAGACGCCCUGGCUGGAGGCAAGGGCCACACCUCCCAGGAGUCUCAGCUCAAUGCCAUGAAGCGCCUACAGCUGGUCAAAAAGAAAGCGGCGCAGAAGAAGCUAAAGAAAUAAGC